AUGCUGCGGCGCGGCCUCCUCACCGCCGCCCUCCGCCAUGCCCGCCGCCACCCCCGCCUCCUUCCCCGGCCCCGCCUCCUCUCCUCCGGCCCCACCCCGCCUCCUCCAUCCCCCACCGCCUCCACCCUCCCCGUCGCGGCACCUCCCGCUCCACGCCACCACCUCGCGCCCCACACCCCCACCCCGCGCCGCAUCCCCCCGCUGCUCGCCCUCUCCGCGCUCUCCCUCGCCGCCGGAACCGCCACCGUCUACGCCACCACCGACAACGUCGAGGAGACCCUGGCGCGGACGAGGGCGUCCGCGGCGCGCGUGGCGGGGCAGAUGCGCCACACGUGGACGGCGGGCGGGGUGCUCUGCAAGUCGCUCAUGUCCGUGCUCUCCUCCGCCAACCACGAGGUGCGCUCCGGGUUCGAGCUGCGCGUCGCCGCGCUGCUCGCCGACAUCACGGCCGCCAGCGCCGCCCGCCGCGCCGCCAUCGUGUCCGCCGGCGGCGGCGCCGUCGUCGACUGGCUGCUCGACAGCAUCGUGCGGGGCGCCACGCAGGCCGAGGCCGCGAGGGCGCUCGCCAACCUGCUCGCAGACCCCUGGGUCGCGCCUGCCGUGCUCGGCCGCCCAAGGGCCGUGCCAUGCCUCCUCCAGUUCAUCUUCUCCUACCAGCCUAAGCGCGGCAAGAAGAACUCUAGAUAUUCUUCAUUUGAUGGUUUAGACCACUCUAAAGGAAGGAGCAUGCUUGUCGCUGCUCUCAUGGAUAUAAUCACAUCCAACUGUGACAAUGCAAAUUAUUCGUCGUUUCAGCCUUUGUUGCCCGCAGAUGCUGAUACAAGAGAUAUUGCAGUAGCCCUUGAAGUCAUUGAGCAAGGGGGGAUGCAUUUUGAUGACCAUGAGGAUAAUAGCAGUGAUGAUGGUGAUAGUGGAUUAAAGGGGAUAGGGAUCAAGGUACUUGGUGGAACCACUAUAUUGGGAUUCUCUAGAGAAAAUAACUCGCUAGAGAUGGGCAACUCAGGUGAUGAUAUCCAGGAAGUUGCGCAAAACGGUAGAAUGGAAGCUGGACAGAAUAGUAGAGGUCUGGUAAUACAAGAGUCUAUUAGUGAUUCUUCAGACAUUGAGAGACUAAGUUCUCAUGGUACCCCAGGCCUUUGGGAUGAUUUACAGAGGGAGCAUGUAGCUGUACCUUUUGCUACCUGGGCUCUUGCUAAUUGGGCUAUUGCAUCAGAUCUAAACCGCACUCGUAUUCAAGAACUUGAUAGUGACGGGCAUGCUGUCACAACUGCACUGAAGGCUCCGGAAAGAACUGUCAAGUGGCAUGGAGCCUUGGUGGCCCGAGCUCUUUUGGAAGACCAGAGCUUGACACUGGCUCCUUCUGUCCCUGAUUGGUCCUCGAGUCUUCUUUUAACAGCUUCUCAGGCCACCGAGAAUGGCGACAUGUCAUUGGCGCAAAUGUCACUGUCAACUUUCCUAUUAUCCAUGAUACGAUGUAGUGAGUCAAAGUUUGUGAUAAGGCAGAAGGGUCUUCAUCUUCUUCGUAAUAUUGCGAAAAAAAUAGAAAAUGAAAAUAGUCAGAGUAGUAUGAAGGAAUCAUUAGCGAUUGCCUUGAGUUCGCUAUAUUCCGGUGAAGUUCCUUUGUCACUUGAAGAAUCUCAAAGAUGGUCCGGCGUUCUUCUUCGUUGGCUCUUUGACAAGUCUGUAUCAGACACGACACAUCUUACGUCUGUAAAAAUUCUUUCAUCUAUACUUGAGGAUUAUGGGCCAUCAUCCGUGCCGAUUUCUCAGGGAUGGUUAGCCCUCGUGCUUUCUGAAAUUCUUGGAGACAGCAAGACACAAAAUAUCAAAGGAACAGCCCCGCCUCAACCAGAGAGAGUGAAGAAUCAAGUUGAUUAUCAUAAUGCUUACACGGCGACUCAGGUCUUGAAUCAAUUAGCUACAGCUGUUGUUAAAUUAGCAAGUGUUCAAUCAGGCUAUGAUUCUGGGUCUGGUGACAAAGUGCCACUUCCCGAUUUUCUCUCCCUUGAACCAUUUGCUACAGCCCUGAAGAACAUGAACAAAAAGAGCCCACCCAAGUUUGAUGCAGUUGACUCUGCGUUAGCUACGCUUAAGGGAAUAAAAGCACUAGCCGAGCUUUCUUCUGAGGAUGUUGUGUGCCAAAAGAGGAUAGCUGAUUUAGGAGUUCUUUCCUUGUUGAGACACAUCCUUGUUGGUGACGAUUAUGAGAAACUUGCUGCAAUAGAAGCAUAUGAUGCAUCCCGGCUACGAGAAGUACAAGAUAAGAAUGUUUCUGCUUCUAAUGAUUCUUCUACUGCUGCUACAACUGAUCCCAGUAGUGUACGGGUUCCUCCGGCAGCACAUAUUCGACGGCACGCUGGGCGGCUGCUUACCAUUCUCUCCCUUCUACCCAAUUCAAAGAAGGAAAUUAUUUCUGAUGAUGUAUGGUGCAAGUGGCUUGAGGAAUGUGCAAGUGGACGACUUCCUUGCAAUGAUAUAAAACUAAAAAGUUACUGCAGACUAACUCUGUUAAACGUAUUCUGCUCUGAGAAUCAGAAUACAAGAAGUGCUUCUGGUGAAUAUCCUGAUACAGGAAGUGAGAACAAAAGAAAAUGUCCUCAGUUUGGAGAUGCGCUGUUCUUGCUGAAUCCAGAAUUACCUCUAGAGGUUCAUUUGGACAACAGUGGUUGUGGUAUUUCAAGAGAUACUUGUAAGGAUGAUGGAUGCGUUGAAGAUAGUGCCUCUGAAACUCGAAGCAUAGAUGAUUCAGAUACUGCAUCCAAAUGUGUCUCCCCUUUGGUCGAUGUUGUGUUUAUCCAUGGUCUUCGUGGUGGCCCAUUCAACUCAUGGCGGAUAGCUGAUGACAAGUCAUCAACUACCAAAGGUGGUCUGGUGGAAACCAUAGACGAAGAUGCUGGAAAAGAAGGCACUUGUUGGCCAAGAGAAUGGCUUUCAUCAGAUUUUCCCCAAGCUCGUUUCUUGACGGUCAAAUACAAGACAAAUUUGACACAAUGGUCUGGAGCCAGCUUGCCCCUUCAGGAGGUGAGCUCCAUGCUGCUGAGGAAGAUGGUGGCUGCUGGGAUCGGUAGUCGUCCUGUUGUGUUUGUGACUCAUAGCAUGGGAGGACUGGUGGUUAAGCAGAUGUUGCAUCAAGCGAAGCUGAACAAUUAUGACAAGUUCCUGAACAAUACAAUUGGACUAGUCUUCUAUAGCUGUCCACAUUUUGGCAGUAAACUUGCUGACAUGCCAUGGCGUAUGGGUUAUGUGCUUCGUCCAGCUCCUUCAAUUGGCGAAUUAAGAAGUGGGUCUCCAAGACUGGUCGAGUUAAAUGAUUUUGUGCGGCAGCGCUACAGUAAGGGACUUCUUGAUGUUCUAAGUUUUUGCGAGAGCGAUGUCACACCAAUUGUUGAAGGUUAUGGUGGUUGGGCAUUUCGAGUGGAGAUAGUGCCAAUUGAAUCUGCAUACCCAGGAUAUGGGGAGCUGGUUGUUCUGCAGGACACUGACCAUAUAAAUUCAUGUAAACCGGUGAACAAGAAUGAUCCUUCAUAUGCGGAGACUUUGGCUUUUCUGGAGAAAAACUUGAAAUUGCGUGAGAAAAAAGCCGAGUCCUAGUUUGUGUUUCCCCCCAGAAUGUUGAGCUCCAUCCAGUACAGUGUAUCACUUGCAUGCGAAUAGUGCACAGAAUUUCCUUGGGCAGUAUAGAGGCUUCUGUUUUCUCAGAGAUUUCUUGUACUUUUAGGAGAUUUGGGCGGGGUGCUGUGUUUUAUGAAGCCCGCGUCCAAUUAGACGACAACACGUUGUACAUGUAACUGACAAGCUGUAAAUAGUGACCCUCUUUUGCUUUGCUGAAAUGGUCCAUCCUUUGUAC